CGAGUUGUCGAGCGAGAUUCAUACUUCCUGGUUAGUCAUUCAGGAAAAGUGAUUUUCGAAGCUUUUGUAGUCGCCUGUUUCAUGUUCGCUAGCCUACAAGCGCCACAUCACAAACUCUUGAGGGAUACGUUUUGGAAAAAGCAAAGCAGUCACCGGAUUCAACUACUGUCAUCAUCGCAACUUGGACCAAAUAACGGCCGCCACUGCUAGCGAUUUCCCGUUGUCAUUUCUCAACGUAGCUAGCUAGUUCGGUGAACGGUUUUGGGUGGUGAAAAACAUCGAACCGUGCAAAAUGACGGUGGCGGCUUCAAACUGGGGUUUGAUCAUGAACGUGGUCAACAGCAUCGUUGGAGUGAGCGUGCUGACCAUGCCUUUCUGUUUCAAACAGUGUGGGAUAGUGCUAGGGACUCUGUUGCUGUUCUUCUGUUCGUGGAUGACCCACCAGUCAUGUAUGUUUCUGGUCUACACGGCCAGCAGCACCAAACGCAGGACCUAUGCUGGCCUAGCUUUCCAUGCCUAUGGCAAACCAGGCAAAACACUGGUGGAGACCAGUAUGAUAGGUCUGAUGUUGGGGACAUGUAUUGCCUUCUAUGUCGUCAUCGCUGACCUGGGCUCUAAUUUCUUUGCCCCGUUUUUGGGCCUACCGGUGUCAUUUGGUUUCCGUGUGCUGCUGCUGAUUGUGGUGUCUCUGUUCAUCGUGCUGCCUCUCAGUCUGCAGAGGAACCUGAUGUCAUCCAUCCAGUCCUUCUCUGCCAUGGCCCUCAUGUUCUACACGUUCUUCAUGUUCACGAUGGUGCUGUUUUCAUUCAAACGUGGGCUGCUCAGUGGCUUGUGGCUGGGGCGGGUCAGUAUGGUGCGCUGGGACGGCAUCCUUCGCUGCCUCCCUAUCUGUGGCAUGGCCUUCGCCUGUCAGUCGCAGGUGUUGCCUACCUACGACAGUCUGGACGAGCCCUCCAUCAAACGCAUGAGCACCAUCUUCACCACCUCCCUCAACGUCGUCACCACCUUCUACAUCACGGUGGGAUUCUUUGGCUACGUCAGUUUCACGGAGGACAUAGCCGGGAACGUUCUGAUGAACUUCCCUUCUAACCUGGUGACUAAGAUGAUCCGGGUGGGCUUCAUGAUGUCAGUGGCGGUGGGCUUUCCCAUGAUGAUACUGCCCUGUAGACAGGCAAUCAACACCAUGCUGUUCGAACAACAGCAGAAGGAUGGGACGUUUACUGCAGGGGUGUACAUGCCUCCACUGCGCUUUAAGAUGAUCACCUUCGCCAUCGUCAUCGGAACCAUGCUGGGAGGCAUCUUCAUCCCCAAUGUGGAGACCAUCCUGGGUCUGACUGGAGCCACCAUGGGCUCCCUCAUCUGCUUCAUCUGCCCUGCCCUCAUCUACAGAAAGAUCCAGAAGAAUGGACUCACCGCACAGUUGGUGUUGUGGGUUGGGUUAGGCAUCUUGCUGGUCAGCACCUUCACCACGGUGUCAAUCUCAGCCAGUGACUCCACCCUCAAGCAUGCCCCUCCUCCCCCUGCAGCUGACAAGAGAGCCGUCUUGGGAAUCCAUCCUGACAUUGCUGAUUUACUGAACGUAGAGAAGCCGGUGGUAGCGAAACAGCCUGAGGUGAAGCCUGUGUUGGUGGAGAGGCCUAAGGCCCCUGCUGCUUUAGAGCCAGUCCGUCCAGUAGAGAGACAGCAGGAACAGGCUGAGCCCCCCCAGAUCAAAGGACCUGAACAAGGAGUUCCAGACAGGAAGGAGGAGGAGGAAGUGCAGCUGGACCGCCCUGAUGCAGGUGUGGCGGUACCUGACGGGGAGGCCCAUCGGCACGAGCCGCCCAUCCCCCAUGAUGAGGUCCAGAUAGAGAAGAGGAAGAAUGACGCAGAGCUGGAGGAGGAGAACCAACCUGCAGCGGGAGGAGAAGAGUCUGAGGGUCAGGGAGUGGCGGACCAGGAAGAGGUGAAGAAUAAAGAGGGAGGAGAGGAGGAAGAUAAACUUCCUUUGUUGGUGAAAAAGGAGGAAGUGGGAGGAGCCGAGGUGCAGUCCAAUGAGGUGCUGGAGAAGCCUGACCCGGGGGUGGUGGAAAAACAGGAAGUCCCACUCCUAAAGCAAGUGGAGAAACUUACCCCAGUGAAAGAGGUGCUUGUUGGGAAGGAUGUGGUGGCUGAGCAGGCGCUGGUUCUUGCGGCCAAAGCCCCAGAGGCUGCUGGGAAACGUGAGCCAGCGGCCCCGGUUGCUGAAGCAGUGGUUCCUGUGGCAGCAGAGGGGGCUGCUGUUCCAGAAAUAAAGGAGAGAGGAGCGGAGGACAAGAUGGAUGUGAUACAAAAGCUGGUUGCAGAGGGUCAGUUGGACCAUGCUGCUCUGCUGCAGGUUAUAAAGGAGCAGCAGGAGCAGCAGAAGAGGCUGUUGGACCAGCAGGAGAAACUACUGGCUGUCAUAAAGGAACAGCACCAGGAGAUGCACCCCAAAAUGACAGAUCGAGCUCCAGAGGCCGAUGCAGAGAAGGGGGUCCAGGAGGAGGGGGGAGCAUCCAAAUCCAAAGACCCAGCUCAAGGUGGUCCUGCCCUGGCCUCAGACACCAUGGAGCCUGGGGAGCCCGCUGGAGCUCCACAGGCCGGAGGGGCUGAGGCUCACAUCCAGCCCCACAAUGAGGUCCUCCCUGUGGAGAAGAGUGCAGAAGAGCAGGUCUUCAAAGUGGUUGCCUCUGUUAUUGCCAAGGAAAAAGUCCUUCAGGAGGUCCCUAAACGGCCUGUUUUGGCUGAGGCAGCAAUUGUGGCAGGGGCAGAGGUGGAGGCCCCUAAGGAGAGGGACCUUGGGGCUAUGGGAGUACCGCUGGGUCAGAAGGUGUCAGAGGGGAUGAAGGUAGAACCAGCCCAGCCGCCACCUGCCAAAGCUGAGGACGGGGUAGUUAAAGGAGGGGUGGAGGUAGUGGACAAGGCGAAGGAGAGGAUGGAGAAAGAGACUGGAAGAAGUGAGGAUUGAUAGAGCGGUGCAGGGGAGGGUGGA